GAGUAAAGACCCAAGUAAGGUGAGUAGAUCCAAGGUUUGGAUUGCGGGACACACUCAUGCUGAUGGCAGACCUGUGAAGCCCCAGUUUGCUGAGACUAUUGAACAAAUACAGUCACUUGACAGUCGGAUGGACUCCACAUCAGCUGCUGAUAACAUAAGGGAAGAUGCUGUGAGCAAGGUUUUGGGAAAAGACAAACCUGGACGAGUAAGGGGCUUUGGUAGAGGGAUUACAGCUAAUAAGCUAGCAUAUCUGCAAUUUAGAGACGCUAAGAUUGCAGAAAUGAAAAGUGAGAUUGAAGAGUUAAAGGGGAUGGUGCGAGAAUUAGCUGAGAAGAAGAAAAGUAAUGUUGAUGCUGAAACAUCUGAGAGUAGUGGUGGAUUCAAAGAAGGAGUCAGAGUACAAAUACUGGAUUGGAUUGAAUCAGAGGAUGUUGUUGUUGGUGAAGGAGAAUUCUGCUCUGCUGAACCGAAGUACAAAAUUGGUCGUAUACCAAUUGGUCCUAAUGCAGUGGCUAUCGUAGUUAAGUAUGCACUAAGCGCAUCAGCUUCACUCUGA